UUAUCCAAUGAAGUGAAAUUGCAGUCGGGAAGCGCUUUCAUAACUCGCGGAAACUCUUUGUGCUUUAACAGCUUACAUUUUUGUGUGUUACGGAUCGAACUGUCAUCGUAGGCACAGAUUUGAAGGGAUAGCCUUGGCUUACCUUGGACUACACAAGAUGGCCUUGGCUCUGACCGACAGAGUCGUUGGGGCAAUCAUAGGGUCCGCUGUUGCAGAUGCAGCAGCACAACCCCUACAUUGGGUGUAUGACCAGCAGAAGCUCAGUAGCCUUUUGUCCCAAGAUGGUCCCCCAGAAUUCCGCCCUGUGUCUGCAAAUCCCUUCUACACAAGGGCAACUGGCAAUCAAAGUUGCUAUGGGGAUCAAGCUUAUGUUCUCCUUGAAUCGUUGUCAGAGUGCAAAGGUUUGAACACUGAUGAUCUGAAGCAGCGCACAUACAAGUUCUUUGGGCCAGGAUCAGAGUAUGACACCCCUGUCAAUGACCCAUACAGAGAAAAAGGAGGUCCAAGGCCACAGCUGCCCAUUGAAGGACCAUGGAGGCAUGCAAGUAUUAAAGGUUUCAUUAAGAAUGUGGAUGCUGGAAAAGAGAACACAGGCUGUGAGGAAGACAACCAGAUUGAUGGAAUUGCAAGGCUUGCCCCCAUUGUAGCUCUGUAUGCUGGGAAACCAGACAUGCUGGAAAAAGUAGAGGAUGCAGUCCGCGUGACCCAGAACAAUGAUCUGUGUGUGGCAGAGACACUCGCAGCAGCCAGGCUCUUGGAGCAUUUCAUCUUGAAGGGUGCAGACCCCGCUGCCUUUGAUGCUGUGAUUGCACAGCUUAAUGACCCCAAGCGUAAGAACUCCCAGGAGCUGGAUAAAGCUGUAGCUGGACACCUCUAUCAAGUGAAAGAAAACCUUUCUAAGACACCGAAGGAGUUGAUUCCCACUGUUUUCACAAGUGCCUGAGGUUUGCCUGGUGCAUUCCAAGCAGCUCUGCAUGGGGUCCUGACAGCCACAAGUUUUGAACAGGCUGUGAGAGAGACCAUGAGCUGCGGGGGGUGCACCUGUAGCAGGAGCUCCUUCAUUGGGGCUUGUAUUGGAGCUCAGGUUGGACCUGAAGGGAUCCCAGAUGCAUGGAAGAGCAAGACACUUCGAUACAACUCCUUGAUUGAACAUGCAAAGAAGAUUGCUGAACUCCACCAGGCAUAAAUGUGCCAUUCUUUUAUAUGUGUGGAUUUAACUGAGAUGCUAUAGUAAGGGAAUGUUGAGGCUUUACAGAACACUUAAUGAAAGUUCCAGCUCAAAUAUUUGAAAGGUUGGAACUUGAUGCCUUGUGUGAUGUGAAGUCAAGACAUGCCCAAUUACUUUCAUUAAAUCAAUUUGGAUUAUU